GCCGGUGCCUGCUGCAGGAUGGUGGCGGACAACUCCACCGGCGACCCCCACGCUCCCGGGCCGCAGCUGAGCGUGACCGACAUCAUCAUCAUCACUGUGUAUUUCGCCCUGAACGUGGCCGUGGGCAUAUGGUCCUCAUGCCGGGCGAGCAGGAACACGGUGAGAGGCUACUUCCUGGCGGGCCGGGACAUGACCUGGUGGCCGAUUGGAGCCUCUCUCUUCGCCAGCAGCGAGGGCUCGGGCCUCUUUAUUGGACUGGCGGGCUCGGGUGCGGCCGGGGGCCUGGCCGUAGCGGGCUUCGAGUGGAAUGCUACGUAUGUGCUGCUGGCCCUGGCUUGGGUGUUCGUGCCCAUCUACAUCUCCUCGGAGAUUGUCACCAUGCCUGAAUACAUUCAGAAGCGCUACGGAGGCCAGCGGAUUCGCACGUACCUGUCUGUCCUGUCCCUGAUGCUGUCUGUCUUCACCAAGAUAUCGAUCGACCUGUACGCGGGGGCACUCUUCGUGCACAUUUGCCUGGGUUGGAACUUCUACCUCUCCACCAUCCUCAUGCUCGUCAUCACGGCCCUGUACACCAUCGCAGGGGGUCUGGCUGCUGUGAUCUACACGGACGCCCUGCAAACGCUCAUCAUGGUGGUGGGGGCUGUCAUCCUGACCAUCAAAGCUUUCGACCAGAUCGGUGGGUAUGAGCAACUGGCGGCUGCCUAUGCCCAGGCCAUCCCACGCCGGACCAUCGCCAACACGACCUGCCACCUGCCGCGGGCAGACGCUAUGCACAUGUUUCGAGACCCCUAUACAGGGGACCUCCCGUGGACCGGGAUGACCUUUGGUCUGACCAUCAUGGCCACCUGGUACUGGUGCACUGACCAGGUCAUUGUGCAGCGGUCGCUGUCGGCCCGGGACCUGAACCACGCCAAGGCAGGCUCCAUCCUGGCCAGCUACCUCAAGAUGCUGCCCAUGGGCCUGAUGAUCAUGCCAGGCAUGAUCAGCCGCGUGCUGUUCCCAGAUGACGUGGGCUGUGUGGUGCCGUCCGAGUGCCUUCGGGCCUGCGGGGCUGAGAUCGGCUGCUCCAACAUCGCCUACCCUAAGCUGGUCAUGGAACUGAUGCCCAUCGGUCUGCGGGGGCUGAUGAUCGCAGUGAUGAUGGCCGCGCUCAUGUCGUCGCUGACGUCCAUCUUCAAUAGCAGUAGCACGCUUUUCACCAUGGACAUCUGGAGGCGGCUGAGGCCCCGCGCUGGCGAGCGGGAGCUGCUGCUGGUGGGCCGGCUGGUCAUCGUGGUGCUCAUUGGCGUGAGCGUGGCCUGGAUUCCCGUCCUGCAGGACUCCAACAGUGGGCAGCUGUUCAUCUACAUGCAGUCAGUGACCAGUUCCCUGGCCCCCCCGGUGACCGCCAUCUUUGUUCUGGGCAUCUUCUGGCGGCGAGCCAAUGAGCAGGGGGCCUUCUGGGGCCUCAUGGUGGGGCUGGCCGUGGGCGCCACAAGGCUGGUCCUGGAAUUCCUGCACCCUGCCCCGCCCUGCGGUGACCCGGACACCCGGCCGUCCAUCCUUGGCAGUAUCCACUACCUGCACUUUGCCGUCGCCCUCUUUGUGCUCAGUGGAAUCGUGGUGGUGGCCGGGAGCCUGCUGACGCCACCCCCCCAGGGGGUUCAGAUUGAGAACCUUACCUGGUGGACCCUGGCUCAGGAUGUGCUUGUGGGAGCCAAAGCAGGUGAUGGCCAAAUACCCCAGAAGCACGCUUUCUGGGCCCGUGUGUGUGGCUUCAAUGCCAUCCUGCUCAUGGUCAACAUCUUCUUCUACGCCUACUUCGCCUGAUGCCGGCCCCGGCAGGAAGGCCAAGCCCUUGGAGUUCUCAGGUCCCCCUCGCUUUCGCUAACGAGGACACCGAGGCCUAGAGAGGUGUGGACUCCCCUCACCUCAUGACUACAUGGCCAGUCAGCAUCCAGGGACGGACUGGUUGAGCCAGCAAAGCAGAGGCCCUGGAAAAGUCGGGGGGCAAUGAACAGAAAGAACGUGGUAUUUCAAAAAUCAUACAAAGUAGGCUUGACGGCAACGAAAAUUAGAUUUCUGAUGAACAU